AUGACCAUUACUUACUCCCUCGACGUAGCUUCUUCCACACUUUUGGGCUUUCAUCGCCUUUUGCUUCGUUGGAAAGGAAGUAUUUGGAAAAGUAUUUGGCCAGAAUUAACUUGUUGGUUGUGUAUUUAUUUUAGUUUAUCUAUUUGGUAUAGAUAUAUAAUGAGUAAACAACAACAAAUCCUUUUUGAAGAUAUUUGUAUUUUCUUCAAUACAUAUUCUGAUUACAUUCCAAUAACGUUUAUGCUCGGCUUUUAUGUCUCAGCAGUUUUCACUCGUUGGGGCGAAAUUUUUAUGAAUUUGGGUUGGAUAGAUUCACCAGCAAUUUUACUUGCCACAAUUGUAAGAGGUACAAGUGAAGAAGCGAGGAAUAUUCGAAGAAAUAUUAUUAGAUAUUUAGUAUUAGUCCAAGCAAUGGUUUAUAGAGAUAUUAGUGCUUGUGUCAAAAAACGAUUUCCAACAAUGGAUCAUUUAGUUACUGCUGGAAUAAUGACAUCAAAUGAAUUGCGUGAAUUUGAUGCAAUUGAGACUGAACAUAUAAAAUAUUGGACACCAAUCCAAUGGGCAUUUCUUCUUUUAAGAAGAGCUAGAGAUCAGGGACUUGUUGAUAGCGAUAUUAUUUAUGUGGAUAUGCUAGAAAAAAUCCGUCAAUAUCGCGUAAAUGUUUUAACACUUACUCUUUAUGAUUGGGUACCCAUUCCUUUGGUCUAUACACAAGUUGUUAAUUUAGCUGUUCGUUCCUAUUUUUUAAUUGCUUUGUUUGGAAGACAAUAUUUAAUUGGGGAAAGAAAAGAAAAAACUAUAGAUUUAUUUAUCCCUUUAAUGAGUAUUAUGCAAUUCCUUUUUUAUAUGGGUUGGAUUAAAGUUGCUGAAGUUUUAUUAAAUCCUUUGGGUGAGGAUGAUGAUGAUUUUGAGACAAAUUGGAUUAUUGACAGAAAUUUACAAGUUGGUCUAUGUAUUGUAGAUGAUUGUUAUGGAAGAGUUCCUGGAUUAGAAAAAGAUCAAUUUUGGGAACAGAGUAAUCCACAAUUACUUUACACAGCAGAAAGUGCUUCUAGACCUCAAAAUCCAAUGAUUGGUUCUUGUAAUGAUUCGUACGUUUUUUUAUUUUUAAAUUGUGGAAAAUGUAGUACUUCUAAUGUAUAA